AUGACGGCAGCUGACGAAGAUGCAUGGGAUGAGUGGGAAGACGACGCGUCAACGUCGCUGUUACCGUCUCCAUGUGAUACUGACCUACAUGAUCAAAAAGAGACGACGCAGACGUAUCCAAUGGUACCAAAUUUACCUCCAUGCGACAUUAGGAAGUGGCAUUUUGACCUCGAUGAACUAGAGCACGAGAUGUCAACGUUGUCUCCAAUAGCUGAUGUUAUGCCACUUUUUAGCGAUUCUGACGUCGUUGAGAGGAAUGAAGUAGCAAUAUUAUCACUCAUUGAUGGCUUACCUCAAGCACUGCGAGCUGGUAGAGAGCGAAUCCAGACACUGGAGGCGCUAGCGCUUGUUACACGACUGCAUGUGGUAGCAGCACGUGGUAGCUUUACGGAGCUAUCAAACAACAUUGAGCAGACUCAGAAACAAGUAGCGAUCAUUACUGAAGAGCUAUAUCAAUGUGCUGGAGAAUGGGGUGAUAGGAGACUCCUGGAAACGACAUUGAGACUGUCGGAACGACAACAAGUGGAGGAAAUGACAGAGUUGUUGCAUCAUUCUCUUUCGAUGGAUAACGACGAAUUGACGUUGUUUAAGGACGUCUUGGAGCAGAUAGUUGAUGGUUUACCAGGUCAGAAACUGAUACUAUCGACGAAUUGGUUAAGAAGUGCAGAAAUGGAAGAGAAGGAGGUAAAACAAGAGUCUAUCAUGAGUUACUUGAAGCAGAUAUUGGCAAUCUCCAGUGACGAUCCUGGUAACAGAAGCCGCAUGCCCAAGCUGUUGGAAGCUGAGAUUUUACAGGAUGCAAAGGAUAUCAGUCGUGAUGAGCUGCUGAUUAAUGGAAAACGAGUGGGAGGUGCGAGAGGAUACGAUGCAGUGGUGGAUGCACUACAAAAUGAGCUAGAGCUUGUGCUGGCCCGUCAAGCUGGCAAGACACCUGAGCAGACACCUAUGGCUGUGAGCAACGCUCUACAGUCUGUUGCUAUGACUAUAGUGCAUGCGAGUAACCGGACCGAGUCAGGUGGGAGCUCCUACGAGCUGUUGAGCAAGUUUUUAAGCAAGCACGAGAUGGAUCGAGUGCUGCUUCGUCCGGCUUCCGCUCGAGCUGCUCCACUAGAAAUUAGCUUGGACCUUGGUCCGUAUUUGGAAACCAUUCCUGGCUCAAAUGAACCGACGUGGGCAUUUGGAUUGCGUGUAAAGCUUAUUGCUGUGACCUGGUACCUCGUCUGUGACGCCAAGGACCCGACAACGGAAUUAUACGAGAUUGAAACGACAUUUUGCAAUCGUUUGGCUUUUCCAGUUGGACUUACACCUUUCCAUCCACUCGACAGUAUGCGUAAAGACCACGGUAAUGUGACUAUUCGCUUAGUACUGGAACAAGAAACUACUUCAGCUUAA